GACCUUCUCUUGAGACAAAAAAUAUCCCAAUUGCCCAACUGUUGACAUUUAGUUUGGGCUGAUCUUGAUCUCAUGAUGAGUGAGCAGUCUAAUGAUGGGCUGCCCAUCUUCCAUAAAUGCCAACCACUUCAUGUAAAGACACCUCUCCUUCAUUCAACAAAAUUAAGCAUCAAGCUUGACUGUAAUAUAUUCUACAAAAUGGAGAAUAUACAACCCUCAGGCUCAGUGAAGAUAAGAGGAAUAGGCAAUUUUUGUACUAAAGCAGUACAAUCUAGAGGAAGAGAUAUCCAUUUAAUUAGCGGAUCAGGAUUGAACACAGUCUUAGCUGUAGCUUACUGUGCUCGACAACUAAAUGUCGCAGCCAUUGUCGUCAUGCCAAGAGAUACGCCUAACACUAUAAGUGAAGCAGUUCGACUAGAAGGGGCUCAGUUGAUUUUAUUCGGGGAGAGCUGGGCAGCUGCUGAAUCACACGCAAGAAAAUUAGUCAAACGCGAUGGUAUCUAUGUCCCUUCAGCAGAUCACGCGCAUAUUUGGGAAGGUCAUUCCAGUCUAAUUUACGAAUUAAGAGAACAAUUGAAUAACAAUCCACCGGCCGCCAUUAUAUGUCCGGUGGGGGGUGGUGGGUUGCUUAACGGCGUCAUCAUUGGCCUACAAGAGGUAGGAUGGAAAGAAGUGCCAGUGAUUGCGGUGGAGACGCAUGGAAGCAACGCGUUUCAGGCAUCGGUGGUGGCUGGAAAAUCGGUAACAAUACAGAAAAUAUCGACGAUCGCAUCCGCAUUGGCAUGUCCAACCAUCAGUUCGAAAUCAUUGGAAUUGAGUAUGAGUCAUCCAGUGGUUCCUUUUGCUGUGAGUGACGCCAUGGCCGCAGAUGCUGUCCGAUUGUUCGCAGACGAUUGUAAAACACUUGUAGAGGCAGCUUCUGGUGCUGGUUUGUCUCUUUGUUAUACACAGGUGAUUCGUGAUAUUUUACCUUCUUUAGAUCAAGAAUCUGAAAUUGUGGUUCUGGUAACGGGUGGAUCAGAUAUAAAUCUUGCUCUACUAGACGACUAUAGAAAGAAAUACUAUCGACCUCCGGUGAUUGUAAAAAGUGGUAGCGAGGUCUUUUUAAAGAUGGACGAUAAGUUGACCUACAUACAAAAAGUGGAUACAAGCUAUCCCAUGGGUAUUUCUGGUGAGAAUCUCGCCAAGAUAAAUCACAAACCUUCGAGGACGAAGGAAUUAAGAACAAAUAGCGCUCAGCAGACGGAUACACAGAUGGAAGAAGCACCCGUCUCGCAACAGCCAAGGGAUGAAAACAUGAACACAAACGCUAUGCCUUCCUCCGUCGAUACCAAUGACAGUGUGCUCUAAUUUCCCAAUUUCUUUUUCCCUCUGAUCCCAAAAUUGACCAAAGCAAACAUUGAAAGCGAAAGCGUCAUUCUCUGAUUGGGCACAGGCUUUUGUGAAACUGAUUUGCAAAAAUUAUGCAAAAUUUCCGACGCGACUGCAUUGAAUAGUGAAAUGACAUAAAGGCUCUCUCACGGUAGAGCCUCGAUUAAUCUUGAUACCCUUACCGUUAAGUGAAUCACUAUAAAUUUUUGUUAAAAAAAAAAAAAAAAAAAAA